UUUCUAGGGCCACUGAUCAACUUGUGUUAUUCCAUUAAAGCUAAGUUGAAAACUGCAAUAUGGCUUUCUAAGUUUGGGUGGUGAUAGAACAAACUUUUCUAAAUGUCAUCUGCUAGAAAUCAAUUUCAAGAUUAACUCAAAUCUUAAAUAGUCUAACUGAUAUCAUUAUUGAGAAUAGAUUGUUGAAAUAUCACAAAGAUUAAAUUGUGAUUGAGGUUUACGUGAGAAGUAACUAGUAUUGGAAAGUAAUGGAAAAUAAUCAACCUUGAGGUAACCGUGCACUGAAGGGCAUAUGUGAUAGUGACAUGACAUUAUAAUCAGUUCAAGGAUCACUAUGAGGUGAAAGCUAGGUUUAUCUAGGGCCACUGAUCAACUUGUGUUAUUCCAUUAAAGCUAAGUUGAAAACAACAAUGUAGUUUUCUAAGUUUGGGUGGUGAUAGAACAAACUUUUCUAAAUUUCAUCUGGUAGAAAUCAAUUUCAAGAUAAACUCAAAUCUUCAUCUAACCGGUAUCAUUAUUGAGAUAGAUUGUUGAAAUAUCACAAAAAUUAAGUUUUGAUUGAGGUUACUAGAAGAACAGUAUUGGAAAGUAAUCAACCUUGAGGUAACCUUGCCCUGAAUCAGAUACCAUCUUGGUAUGGAUGGAAUUGAAAUUGACAUUUUUCUAAGAAUAAGGCUAGUUUGAAUUCUAAAAAAAUGUAAUAUUGUUUUGAGUCAGUGACAAACCAAAUCCCCAAAAUGGCAUCAGCCAGCAAACAACCUCAAGACGACCUUGAACAAAAACAGCUGAUGCAGGCAGAACUGGCCCGUCUGGAACGCCAGUACCGUGUGAUGGAGGGAGACCGCUCCUCAUACAUGUCCGACAUGCGGGUCUACCUGGCACAACAGCACAAAAUCAUUGACGUCCUCACUAAACGCAAACAAAACUUACUGGCCGACACGUCGAUCCCUGUUUCCAAGGUGGUAGCAGAACGUGGCUCAGUCCUAAUCCGGAAAAUCAUCAAAGAUUUGACACUGUUUGAGAACUUGAACACAAAAAUACGCACUGAGAAGACACAGAUCAGGGAAUUGAAGAUACAGAUUAACAAGGUCAAGGAUGAGAUAUUGAAGCUGAACAAGACUGAUGUGAAUGAGCUGAGGGUGCAGGAGAAGAAGGAGGAAUACAAACGGAUGAUUGUCGCCCUGGAGGACCGCUUAGAGGUUGCAACAAGAAAACUGAAUGCUGUCACAGCCGAUAAUGCUGUUUACCGAGGGGAAAUCAACCAUCUGUUAUUUGAAAGAAAAACAUUCCACAGGUUUUACGUGCAGUUGUCGAAACAGGUGAUGCAGAGUAAACAGGUGAUGUUGGAUUUGAUCGAACAGGCAACGACCGCUUUCGACCAACGCGAAGAAACUCAAGAGAAGUUGAAGGGUUUGAAGGAACGGAUGAAGACUGAACGGGUCCUCCAUGCACAGGAGGUUAGGGAACUGGUGAGGAAGUUGGAGAAUGAUGAGGUGUUGUAUGAGUUUUUGUCGGUGAAAGGUCAGAAACGGGUUUUGGCAGAUUUGGAGGCGAAAGAAGCGCUCCAGAAGAAGGUGGAGGUGGAGGCUAUUGAGGAGAAGGUGCGUAAGUAUAAUGAGAUGUUGGACAAGAUUAAACAGUUUUGGGAGACUGAUAUUGGGAGACUGGCGGCCAGGUUCCUCAAACAAGAGGAAGAAAAUUUCACAUUGUUCAACUAUGUAAACGAGUUGAAUUCUGAGUUGGAAGCAUUACAAGAGCAUGUAAACGAGUUGAUGUUGAACAUCGAUGAGCAAAGAUCGAUCAAUCGGGAACGGGCCGCUAAGGAACAGGAGACACUGACAGUUCUGUAUGGGAAUUUGGAAAGGGAGAAAGGGAAGAAUUGUCUGGCAGAGAGGGAAUUAUCGCAUCUGGAGGGAGUUUUGGAUGAACUGAUGUCUGGGAUUGAGAGGAUGUUUUAUAGAUGUAGGUGUGACUCUGCCCCAGUGCUGGCGUUAGUGGGUGAGAACCCCAGGGUGAAUAUUUAUAAUGUGAUGCUGUGUAUAGCUGUGCUGAGGAAGGCGGUUGUUUGUAUUGUGGAAGGAGGAUAAAUAAUUGAUAAUUAGAUUAUAUUAACUCAAAAAUUUGAUUCAAAAAUAUAGAGUAUUGUCAAAAGUAGAAGGGAUAUUGGCAGACCUAUAAAAAGAUGGUAAGAUAAAUAGUUAUAUCCUUUGAAACCGGAGCAGUUGUGUACGCCUAAUCCUGGAAAGAAGAAGAAGAACAA